AUGGGGCAAGGGGAGAAGAAAGAAAGAAGAGAGGCGGCAAUAGCGGACGCAGGGGAGGAAGGAGAGGGGAACGGGGGGAGAGGGGGUGGCCAAAAUCCAGUCACGGCCGGCGGAAGCAGGGCCGGAAGGAGGAGGCAACCGAGGGCCGGGGAAAGCCCAGAACGGGAGGCAAGGGGCGGGGCCAAAGGGGAAAGCGGGGCCAAUAACAAGGGCGGCGGGGGAGAAGACGGUGCGAGCAAAGAAAGCAGGGCGGACAGGAGGGCGGAGCAACAGGGGAGGCAAGGGCAAGGGCAAGACAGCGAGGAGAAAGAGAAGGCAAGAGGAGAAAGGGCGGGGGAAGGAGGGGGAAGAGACGGGGAAGCAGAGGGGGAAGGAAAAGCAGAUGGAGGCGAGGCCGAGGGGGCGAGCAGAAAGAGGGGGGGAGCAACGGAGGGCAAGAAAGGGAGGAGGGAAGGACACGAAGAGAAGGGGGCGAGGAAGCACAGAAGAGAAAAGAAGAACGGGAAACGGGAACAAGAGGCAGGGGGCGGGGACGCGGCCGGGUGA